CGAGUUCGGGUUCGGGGUCUCACUUUUCCGUGCCUAAGUUUGAUGGAAAGAGUAGCUUCACUCUUUGGCAAAGAAGGAUGAAGGAUCUCCUUGUGCAUUUGGGUUUGUCUAGAGCCCUUAAAGGAGAUGAGGCGAAGCCGGAGAAAAUGAGUGACAAUGAUUGGCAGGAGUUGUGCGAGAAGUGUGNGACCAAGAAAGAGGAUCUGCAGGUGGUGCCUUGUGUCGAAAGUCUUCCCGACGAGAGGAGGUCGGGCGGCGCGUCCCGUGAAGUUAUAGCCACGGCGGUACAAGAUGAUUUGGCGGAUCAAAUGGUGUAGCCCAGCGAAGGAAAGAUCUGCGGUUCGAGCCUUGCGUCGAAAGUCUUCCCGACAGGAGGUCGGGCGGCGUGUCCCGCAAAGAGUGUGCGGCGGUGCAAGAGGGUUAGCAGAUAAAAAAAAAAAAGGAAAAAAUGGAUUACUGCUGGAGGGGUGGUCGGAAGUUGUGAGGUCCUUGGAUGAGGGGAGGUUUGUUGGGAUUCCUCCAAGUCCCACACCGGAGGGAGAAGAAAAACUGGACCAAAAU